AAGAAUGUGGAGGCAUCGGCAAACUCUGCAGAAAACAAACAGGCUUGUAGCGUGGCUGCUGCAGAUGCGGUCGAGGUGGAGGCUAAAAGCACAACCGAGGAUCAUCCUUUUCCAGAACCUCGGGUCCCCUACCCGUUCACCUCUUGUUUGACUGGGAAGGAGCAGAAAACAUACUUGUAUCUGAUGACUAAGUACUCCAAAAAAAUAAACUCCUUUCAAGUUAAUGCAGCAAGUCAAAGAGAACUAUUCACAUAUCUGCAAAUGAAAGAAGUAGUAAACAAUGAAAUUGCAGAAUUUAUGAAAUUUGCCCAGAAUGCUGCCAAAAGCUGUGCCCAGGAUUACGAUGUCAUCUCUGAAGAUGCACGAUGUUACACUGAGGCAUUAUUCCGAGCUUGUAUCGGACAUGUGCAAAGGUACCCCGAGUUCUACACGCUCCAGGAGAUCAUGAGCAUCAUGGGAGGGAAGUUUCAUAUGCAGUUGACCUUUAGGCUGGAAAAAAGUCUGCUUGCACUGGGCUCGGCAAGACGUUGUAAGACAGAUUUCCCGACCAUGCCCGUCCAGCUGCCCACAGAUUAUCAAACUGUCACAUCUAUUGUAACUCCCCAAGAAAAGGCUUCUGCAAUGCACAAUGAUAUUAGUUCAGAUUCAAAUGCAGAAAAACUUGCUUUGAAAUACGGUCCUCACGUUGUUUUAAGUAAUCAGUCGUUAUUUACUUUACUGAAUAAUCAUGGACUGAACUACAAGGAACAAUGGGAAAUCCCAGUUUGCAUUAAAAUGAUCCCUGUUGCAGGUGGCAAACCAGCUAAAGUGGUUUAUGUCGAUUCACCUCUGCUGAGAAAGGAAAUGACAGUAAGAGAGAGGAACCAAAUCUUCCACGAAAUUCCGAUGGACUUCCUGGCAACCAAAACAUCUUACGUUUCUGUUUCCGACGUAUCGAUGGACAAACCGGCUGAGGACAACUUGCCUCAGUGGGAUAUGCCUUCUGAUGCCUGCCAGUACAGGAAGAUUCCUCUUCCAGAUGACACAGGGAUGGACUUUGAUGAUGACGUUACAGAGCUGGAAACUUUUGGAGCAGCUGUCAAGCACUCCAAAACUUCUAAAACUGAAAAUACUUUUCCCGCAGUUAGUAAUACUGCUAAAGUUUUAUCACAUGACCUGAAAACGGGGAAAAAAAGUAUAUCCACCGUAAACAGUGGAGGUGAAGAAGGGAAAAACACUCUUUGGGAGCAGGGAGUUGCAGCAUGUGCCAGCACGCAGCUCCCAUCAUUGGGUGGCAUUCCGUGCUUCAGCCCUGAAGAAAAUUCCUCUCAGAAAAACUUGAAUUCGCAGGAAGUAGGACUGAACAAAGCGCAGCACGUCACGACUGAAGAGGUAUUGGACAAUGGAACAAAAUUAAAUACUCCCUCUGAUGCUGUUAGUUACAAGGAAGAGUCCGAUGCCGCGCUAAAAAAUGAGACUUGCGCUUCUUUAUGUGGUAGUGACACAGAUGAAGAACGUUUGAUAAUUGAUACAGAACAUAAACCCACUGAUUCUUGCCAAACACCCGUACCGAACGUUGCUUCUCAUGGCUCGGCAGAGACUGCCAAAUCACCUUCCCCCACCCAGAUUCCGUUAGCGAGCGGGACGGAUUGCUCAGAGACCGUGGAGCAGGGCAAAAAUGCUUCCAGAAAGCCUACGAGAAAGUUGUCCAAAGAGUUGGAUCCGGUUGGGCACAUUUUGAAAAUGCAAACUGAACUUCUCAAGUCACCUUCCCAAAAAGCUCCCGAGCAGCCGGUGGUGAGCUGUGAUAAUUCUAACGCCGUGCCGGCCCCUGUGCCUCCGUCUCCAAAACCACCGGUAACCUCCAGCACAGAAACUGCGCCAGGCCCUGCCUCGAACCCCUCUAAAAAUACCUGGACUUGGCUUUUUCAGGGAGUGCCAAAGAGAAAGCUGCCAAAUGAACUUCAAAUGCUUGAAGAAGACCCUUCCGAGUAUAAAGCACCUGAGCACGGCAACCUUGUGUAUAAGCUGUUCAGUCUGAACGAUCUGUUGUUACUUGUGCGUUGCAGCGUGCAGAAAGCCAAGGCAUUGCCACCACACCAUAAAAAGAAAAGAGCCCGAAGGAUUGUUCCGAUAUUUCUGUUGCCAAAACUGGAAUACCAAGCCUAUUACGGUGUUGAAGCUCUCACAGAAAGUGAAGUGUGUCGGUUGUGGACAGAGAGUAUGUUGCAUUCCGAAUGUUUAUUUUAUAUUGGUCGUAUCGAUGCUUUUACAUCGAAGCUUAUUAUGCUAGAAAAGAUCUCUCCGGAAAUUUUAAGAGAGAAACUUGGAUUGAUUAAGCCUGCAAAUUCAUUAAAUAUACUUCAUCACAUCUUGAAGAAAGUGUCUGAUUUGCAGGAGGGCUCUUACUUGCUGACUCACGCUGCCGGAGAUUCAUCAGUUGCCGUCUACAAGAGCUCCGUUGACAAGGCGACGAGAGCAUCGUAUAACUUGCAUAAAGCUCAUGAUGAUCUGCCUGCCGUACCCGCCACCCUCUCAGUCCCCUGGGUGCCCCUAGAUCCCAGCCUGCCUUUGCCCUAUCAUGUGAGUCACGGAAGAGUUCCGUGCACAUUUCCGCCUGCACCCCAGGAAGCCGCGUGGAAACAGAAGGUCGGUGUCACAUUUAAGGGAAAAACAGAUUCUCAGUUUUGA